AUUAAACUUAAAAAUGGGAGAGUGACCACGGACUUAGCAGUAUUAUAACAGACUACACGAUGAACUAUCUCGCCUACCUCUUUCCCGUCUUAUUUCAAAUCCAAAACCAAACGGAUAAUAUGAACAAAUCGAUGGUGAUGAAUUAUCUGCACGAUUUUGGAUACUUGCCAAUUACAAAAGCAACGGACAAUGAAAUGAAAGCAGCUCUUCAAGAUUACCAGUAUUUCAUUGGCAUGAAACCUACAGGUGAAAUGGAUAACGAAACUAUGGAUAUGAUGUUAAGGCCGCGAUGUGGAAAACCCGAUGAAGAAAAGGAGCGAACCAAAAGAUACACGUUUCUCGGUAACAGCACUUGGGCCAAAAAAGAUCUUCUGUACAGGUUUGAUAGCUACCCGUUGGGAAUCAACUCCAAUGAUGUGCACGCGGAGUUUAAACGUGCCUUUAAUGCGUGGGCGAAAUAUGUUAAAAUGUCUUUCAAACUAGUUCAAAACACGGAAACUAGUGAUAUUAGCAUCAAUUUCCGAUCUUUAGAUGGCGAAGGGAGAAGUAUCGGUUACGCAUUGCAUCCGACGCACGGUGUUGUAAUUCUGGACAAAGACGAAACUUGGACAAUGGAAGGGGAGGGUGUAAAUUUGUUUCAAAUUGCUAUACACGAAAUCGGCCACUCUUUAGGUUUGGGCCACAGCAGUAAACGCUCCUCUGUUAUGUACCCAUAUUAUCUUGGCUACAAUCGCAAUGCCGGAUUAGAUAUCGACGAUAUUAAAGGCAUAACGACUCUUUACGCGAGUCACACGAGCGACGCUCGUUCUCCAAAGGGAGAUAACACCGAGCUUUGCAGGGAUCCAAAAAUUGACACGAUUUUCACAGCGCCCGAUGGUUACGUGUACGUACUUAAAAAUAACCAAUAUUGGAAAUUUUUGCCGAACUUCGUAAUGGUGGACGGUCCAGAUCUAAUUCAAAACCGUUGGCCUGGUUUGCCCAGUAAGAUUGAUGCCGCCUUUACAAGUUGGAAUAAUGUGACCAUCUUCUACAAGGGAUUGUAUAUGUGGAAGUAUGUUUUGAAUAAGCAAUUCGGCGAACCAAAGUUGAUAGAGGAUGGGUACGAUAAGGUACCGAGCCACAUAGACGCGACGUUCAUAUGGAGCGGCUCUGGACAUUUGUACUUUUUCAGAGGCGACAAGUAUUGGAUGUACAACAGUUAUAAACCUUUGGGAAUGCGCGUUAAGUACAUUUUCCCAUUACCGAUUUGGUACUGGAAUGGAGUUCCUAACAAUAUAAACGCCGCCACAUCUAUUGGAGGUGAUACUUACUUCUUCAAAGGACGCUACUACUAUAAAUAUGACAGCAUGAAUAGAAUGGUGUACGCUGGAUAUCCGCGAAGUACAGCUAAAAACCUUUUUGGGUGUACAUAAAUACCCAAAGUGAAAAUGGCGGUUUGGAGGUUUCCAAGACAAUUGUUUUUUUUUAUUAAAGACUGCAAAUUAUAAAUCUUGUUUCAA